AGCGCAUGCGAGAGCUCCACGGACAAGGAGGAGGACGCACGAGACUGCAGAAGAUAAAGCGCGCGGAGAGCUUUUGGAGACAGGACGCACGUACCCAAGCACGCACCUCUGCACGCGCUAUGGACUACUGUUGAUCAGUGAAGGGAAGAAGCAGCUCGUGCACCUUACAGCUCGUGCCUGAAAAGCAGCAACUUUUUUUUGUUUGUUUGUUUUUUUUCUUGUUUUAACUGUCGAAAUUUAAUCAAGUGAGUCUAACUGCGCGGAAAAUAUUAAUUAUAGUAAAAACAAAAAAAACAAAAAGACAACAGGUGCAUCAUGAAGUUACUCCUUUUACCUGUUUUAAUGGCUCUUUUCACCGUCGCACAAGUUUCUUGCGAAGAAAACGACCCAAAAGAAGAAGCUGACUACUGGACGAGCAGUAAUCAAAUCCAGGAUGGCUGGCUUCCCAACGACCCAUUCAGAGAAAUCCUCCUCAGGAUGACAAGAAAGCCACGACCGCAUCAGUUCAUCGGCCUGAUGGGGAAACGCUCCAUGGGAAACGCACAGAUCACCCACAAAAGGCAUAAAGUCAACUCUUUUGUCGGACUGAUGGGGAAAAGGAGCCAAGAGGAGCCAGAGUCCUACGAGUGGAGCACAUUACAGACGUACGACAGGCGCCGCUGAGCAGCCACCUCUUCUCCUGCCUGCUCCUUCAUCCAACUCAUUCCUAAAUCCACGGGAGGGGUUUUUAAACCCGACGCUAGUUUUGUUUUUCUCCAAACUGUGUGUAGCUGUUUAGUCGAAUAAAAAUGAUUCUGUUUCCACAUCGGA